CACAACACCACCAAAUUCUUCCAGUCCUAGUGUAACCGCCACAAAGUGAAGAAGUACGCAUCGAAAUUCGCUUCUGUUGCGUAUAGAUUCUGAUACAUUUUUUUCUAUUUCUGUGAAAUAAAAUUGUGUACAGGAGUUCAACGAAAAAAUAAAUAGAAGAAAUCAUUCAAGAUGGGUUUGAAUUGUGGAAUGAGUAUUGUUAAAUACGUUCUCUUCAUUUUUAAUUUACUAUGUGCACUUUGUGGUAUUGCUCUUCUUACAAUUGGUAUUAUUGUCCUGCUGACUGCUUCUGAUCUCGAAAAACUCUUUGGAGAUUACAAUGCAAUUGCCGCACCGAUUGUUCUUAUUAUUUUGGGCUCGAUAAUAUUCGUAAUAGCAUUCUUUGGAUGCUGCGGUGCUAUUCGCGAGUCCCACUGCUUGACGAUGACCUAUGCUACCUUUAUGUUCAUCCUUGUUAUUGGUCAAAUUGUUAUUGCUGCAGUAACAUUUGCCUUUGCUGGAGACAUUUCCAACGCAAUGACAACUACAUUUGAAAGGAUAUUCAAUGAACAGCACGUGGAUGUUAAUAGGGAACUCGUUGAUACUGUCCAAAUCAAUCUGGCGUGCUGUGGUGUUGAUGGUCCAAUUAAUUGGGCUGGUUCACCUCCUCCAAGUUGCUGCGGUCUUACGAGUGGAACUUGUGCCCCACAGAAUAUCUUCCAAACAGGAUGCAGAUCAGCUCUCGAAGAUUGGGUGGAUACAUCCAAGCAUAUUAUCGCUUGGGUAGCUCUCGGUGUUGCUGUUGUACAGCUUGUGGCCCUUAUCUUUGCCUGCUGCCUUGGAAAUCACAUUCGCAACGAGAGAAGAAGGUCUAAUUACUAAAAUAUCCUACCAUUCAUAUAUUUGUUUCUUUUUCUAAAUAAGUUUUUCUGCAUGUUUUUGCAUUAAACAAAGUGCUUAAUUUUUUCUUAAAAUUAAUAACAUAAUGUGCUAUCAUUAUAUACAUACAUAGAUGUUACUUAAAGAAUUUUCUAUAAUGUUUCUAAUACAAGUACCUACUACUUAUAUAUUGCGCAUUUUAAAUCGAGUGAUAAACUAUAUAUACCUACUUUAUCAGCUACCUAUAUAACACAAUUUGAUAAGGAAAGAUUUGGGUACUUUUUUCGGCUUGACUCUCUGCUUUUCCUCACACAUUGGGUACAUACAAAAGUCUAUGUUAUCUUAUCUUUUAUAUUACUUUUUAUGAAAUUUGAUAAAUAAAUUGGUACGAAAUGUAAUAAUCUGCAAUCUUAUCAGAAUUACCGUAGAAAAUUCAACAUUUUUUCGUGACAUAAAAAUAUACUUUAGGUACUACUUAUAUGGUGAGAGAGAAUUAGAAAAAUCUUUCCAUGGGGUUGCAGUAAAAUUUUUUUUUAAAUCCGUACAUAAAUCUUAUUGUCCGAUAAUUAAUUUAUUAAUUUAUUCCAUUAAAAAUUAUUCCAAUUUUUAGAUAUAAAAAUUCGUAAAUUAACCAAUAAUUGCAACAUAAUUAAUACUUUCAAGGGAGUUAGGAUUUUUUUAUUAGUACCUGUACUUAAUUAAAUCUUUUGCAGCUAGAGUUUUGGGAUUUUUGUUAAAAAUUUCUUAUUUUUUGUCAUUUAUGAAUUUUUUUAACGAUAGUUUCUCGUAGUCAUUGGAAAAUGUUCAAGAAAAUUUGAGGCAAUGCCUUGGAAUAAUUUCAAUAUAUUCAUUAUCCCCCCAAAAGCUCCCCUCUAUUAGCUUGACCCAAUUAAAUUUUAUUGUAUUUUUGACUAAAACUACUCUUUGAAUUUGGCGCCCUAAAUAUAGUUCCAAAAGCUACCACUGCUAUUUUCUGGCACUGUCGGUGAAAAUGAGAAAUUUAUUAGUAUUUUUGAUAUAUUUCUCCAAUGUUUCACGGCUUUUAUCGCGAUACUUGAAACGUAUAUAGGGGAGAAUGGCGCAAAUGUGAACACAUGAAAUAAAUUUUUAAGCUUUUUUUUUAAAAAAAUUCCUUAACAAUUAAAUUCUUUUUGCAUCUUAAACGAAAAGUGUGAUCAAAAUAUUAUUUUGAAGUUAAAUGCUAAAAUUCAGUAAAAUUUUUAUUCAAAGAUAUUACAUUAAUUAAUUAUUACAUUAAUUAAUAUUACAUUAACUACCUCAAUUAGAAGAAUGAUUCAGUAAUAUAGCCUGUGUAUGUGUAUAGUGAACAUUUAGUUUUCCUUUUUUCUUUAAUAAAAAAAAUAUUGCAAAAAGGAUAACAAAUAAUUAACAAUAAAUUUUUCUCUCAAUUUCAGGUAUGCUUGAAAACAGCUUGGAAGAAAAAAAUUGCUCUUUCAAAAAUAAAUUUAAGAUUUAACAAUAAAAAAAAACUUAACAAUUUUCAAUAUAAAACAAUUUUACAUUCUUACCUUUCAAUUUUACUCACACGCAGCCUAACAAUGAACUGAAUCAUUCAAGCGGCAUCACUAUACACACCAAAAAACACAUAAUACACCAUCCCCCAUAUAAAAAAGGCCAUUCAGGAAUAUUUUGGAGUUGUACUUUAAAUUUUGUAAAAUUUCAAUAAAAAACUUCUUUUUUUAAAUAA